CCUGUGCAGCUCCCUGUGCAGCUCCCUGUGCUGCUCGUGAGCCUGUGUCUGUGCCUGUAUCCUGUGCUGCUCCCUGUGCUGCUCCCUGUGCUGCUCCCUGUGCUGCUCCCUGUGCUGCUCGUGAACGUGCCUGUGUCUGUGUGUGUGUCUGUAGCCUGUGCUGCUCGUGAGCGUGCUCGUGCGACGGACAUCGCUGUCAUCAUGUACACCAGCGGCUCCACUGGCAACCCCAAGGGCGUCAUGAUCUCCCAUAGCAACCUGGUCGCCGGCAUCACCGGCAUGGCUGAGAGGAUCCCCAAGCUUGGUGAGGAGGACACCUACAUCGGCUACCUGCCACUGGCUCAUGUGCUGGAGUUGAGUGCAGAGAUGGUGUGUCUGGCUCACGGAUGCCGCAUCGGAUACUCCUCCCCACACACACUAGCAGACACGUCCACUAAGAUAAAGAGAGGGAGUAAAGGAGAUGUGAGUGUCCUCCGUCCUACCCUCAUGGCUGCUGUUCCGGAGAUCAUGGACCGUAUCUAUAAGAAUGUGAUGCUGCGUGUGGAGGAGAUGGGCGUCCUGCAGAAGACUCUCUUCACUCUGGCCUACAACUACAAACUGGAGCAGCUCACCAAAGGAUACAGCACCCCUCUAUGUGACAAGUUUGUGUUUGGGAAGGUGCGUGCGUUGCUAGGCGGCCGGACGCGGGUGCUGUUGUCGGGCGGGGCCCCUCUGUCGGCGGCGACCCAGCGCUUCAUGAACGUGUGUCUGUGCUGCCCCGUGGGACAGGGGUACGGCCUCACUGAGACCUGUGGAGCGGGCACCAUCAGCCAGCUGUGGGACUACAGCACAGGGCGUGUGGGAGCACCUCUGGUCUGCUCUGAGAUUCGCCUGAAGGACUGGGUAGAGGGAUGCUACCGCAGCACAGACAAGCCUCGUCCUCGGGGUGAGAUUCUGAUUGGCGGGCCGAACGUAACCAUGGGUUACUAUAAGAACGCGGCCAAGAACCGUGAGGACUUCUUCAUGGACGAGACGGGCCAGCGCUGGUUCUGCACAGGAGACAUCGGAGAGAUCCAUGCAGACGGAUGCCUGGAGAUCAUCGACCGUAAGAAGGACCUGGUGAAGUUGCAGGCUGGAGAGUAUGUCUCUCUGGGGAAGGUGGAAGCAGCGCUCAAGAACUGCCCCCUCAUUGACAACAUCUGUGUCUAUGCCAACAGUGAUGAGUCUUACGUGAUUGGCUUUGUGGUGCCCAAUCAGAAGCAGCUCCUGAGCCUGGCAGAGCAGAGGGGGAUGCGCGGCUCAUGGGCGGAGCUUUGUGACAGCCCCGUCAUGGAGGAGGAGGCGCUUCAAGUGAUCACCGAGGCAGCCCUGUCAGCCCAGCUGGAGCGGUUAGAGGUUCCGCGUAAGAUCCGUCUGAGCGCCGAGCCGUGGACGCCGGAGACGGGCCUGGUGACGGACGCCUUCAAGCUCAAGCGCCAGGAGCUGAAGAGCCACUACCAGCAGGACAUUGAACGCAUGUAUGCCAGCAAGUAGACCACAUCGGACCACAUCGGACCAGAUCGGACCAGAUCAGACCACAUCGGACCACAUCGGACCACAUCGGACCAGAUCAGAACACAUCGGACCACAUCGGACCACAUCGGACCAGAUCAGAACACAUCGGACCACAUCGGACCAGAUCAGACCACGUCGGACCAGAUCAGAACACAUCAGACCACAUCGGACCACGCUGCACCAGAUCGGACUGAAUGAGACCACAUCGGACCACAUCAGACCAGAUCGGACUGAAUGAGACCACAUCGGACCACAUCGGACCACAUCAGACCAGAUCGGACUGAAUGAGACCACAUCGGACCACAUCGGACCACAUCAGACCAGAUCGGACUGAAUGAGACCACAUCGGACCACGCUGCACCAGAUUAAACUACAUCGGACCAAAUCAGAACACAUCAGACCACGUCAGACCAGAUCAGACCUCAUUGGUCCAUGACA